CUCAACCUCAGCGGCAACCGGCUGCGCGAGCUGCCAGCCGACCUGGCGCGCUGCGCCCCGCGCUUGCAGAGCCUCAACCUUACCGGCAAUUGCCUCGACUCCUUCCCCGCCGAGCUCUUUCGCCCCGGCGCGCUGCCCCUCCUCAGUGAACUGGCGGCUGCUGACAACUGCCUCCGAGAACUCAGCCCCGACAUCGCCCACCUGGCCUCGCUCAAGUCGUUGGACCUUUCCAACAACCAGCUGAGCGAGAUCCCUGCGGAGCUUGCGGACUGCCCCAAGCUCAAGGAGAUCAAUUUCCGCGGGAACAAGCUGAGAGACAAGCGCCUGGAGAAGAUGGUCAGCGGCUGCCAGACAAGAUCCAUCCUGGAGUACCUGCGCGUCGGAGGCCGCGGUGGCGGGAAGGGCAAGGGCCGUGCCGAGGGCUCGGAGAAGGAAGACAGCCGGAAGAAGAGGAGGGAGAGGAAGCAGAGGCGGGAGGGCGGCGAUGGGGAGGAGCAGGACGUGGGAGAUGCCGGCCGGCUGCUGCUCAGGGUCCUGCACGUCUCUGAAAACCCCGCACCCCUAACAGUCAGAGUGAGCCCCGAGGUCCGGGACGUGCGGCCCUACAUUGUGGGGGCCGUGGUGCGAGGCAUGGACCUGCAGCCGGGGAAUGCGCUCAAGCGCUUCCUCACCUCACAGACCAAGCUCCACGAAGAUCUCUGUGAGAAGAGGACGGCCGCCACCCUUGCCACCCAUGAGCUCCGCGCUGUCAAAGGGCCCCUGCUGUACUGCGCCCGGCCCCCACAGGACCUCAAGAUUGUUCCCCUGGGGCGGAAAGAAGCCAAGGCCAAGGAGCUGGUGCGGCAGCUGCAGCUGGAGGCCGAGGAGCAGAGGAAGCAGAAGAAGCGGCAGAGUGUGUCGGGCCUGCACAGAUACCUUCACUUGCUGGAUGGAAAUGAAAAUUACCCGUGUCUUGUGGAUGCAGACGGUGAUGUGAUUUCCUUCCCACCAAUAACCAACAGUGAGAAGACAAAGGUUAAGAAAACGACCUCUGAUUUGUUUUUGGAAGUAACAAGUGCCACUAGUCUGCAGAUUUGCAAGGAUGUCAUGGAUGCCCUCAUUCUGAAAAUGGCAGAAAUGAACAAGUACACUUUAGAAAAUAAAGAGGAAGGAUCACUCUCAGAUACCGAAGCUGAUGCAGUCUCUGGACAACUUUCAGAUCCCAGAACGAAUCCCAGUGCUGGAAAGGACGGGCCCUCCCCGCUGGUGGUGGAGCAGGUCCGGGUGGUGGACCUGGAAGGGAGCCUGAAGGUGGUGUACCCGUCCAAGGCCGACCUGGCCACCGCCCCUCCCCAUGUGACUGUCGUGCGCUGACGCCAGGACCGCCUGUCCAGCCUGUCCGCGUUUGUUUGGCCUGUUUUACCGAGGUUUCUAUGUGGCAAUGCUGAAUUAUCCAUUAGAUUUUCACCCGUUUUUUUUGGUUGGUUGGUUUGAGAUGGAGUCUCACUCUGUCGCCAGGCUGGAGUGCAGUGGCAUGAUCUGGAAUCACUGCAACCUCCGUCUCCUGGGUUCAAGCGAUUCUCCUGCCUCAGCCUCCUGAGUAGCUGGGACUACAGGUGUGUGCCACUAGCCCAGCUAAUUUUUGUAUUUUUAGUAGAGACGGGGUUUCACCAUUUUGGUCAGGAUGGUCUUGAUCUCUUGACCUCAUGAUCUGCCUGCCUCUGCCACCCCAAAGUGCUGGGAUUACAUGAUCCUCCUGCCUCAGCCUCCCAAAGUGCUGGGAUUACAGGUGUGAGCCACUGUGCCUGGCCCGCCCCAGCAUUUUUUAAGAUGUAUGUAUUCACUGUUCUGUUUUUCCAGGUGAUUCUGUCGUAAAGUGAUGCUAUGUUGUUGUGACAACACCAAACUGAUUUUACGGUUUUUAUGGAAUUAUUCAGAUGUCAAAAUUAACUGUUCAAAAUGUUCUGAAUCAUGUAGCUACGUGGCAGGUAACUGUUUAUGGGAGAAAACACUGUACAGUCAUGCACCACAUAACAGCGUCUGGGUCAGCGACGGACACUUCCCUGACAGCGGGCCCACGACAUUCUUGUGCAGUGUUUGGAAGCCUGGCCUGGGCUCUUGGCGUUGGCCUCUUGUAGAUCAAGUAGGGGAAGUGAUUGAUGUUCAGUCAUGCUGCUGGGACACUUGCUUUUCCAGAUGAAAAACACAUAAAUAAAACUACGCGCACCAUCAA